UUCAACGAGCUGCAUACUGGCGAGAUUGCACGCGGGUAGGCAGGGACCCUUUCCUUCCCUGCACUUUUGAGACAUUUUCCUUGACAAUACAAGCCGACGGACUCGACUAUGGACAAGCUACUUCCUAAACUCGGCGUAUACCGUCUGAAAGACCUCAUCAAGGCUAUUCGGGCGUGUAAGACCGCCGCAGAUGAACGUGCAGUCAUUGCCAAAGAGAGCGCCUUUCUGCGAACGAGCUUCAAGGAAGAAAACGUUGACAUUCGACAUACUAAUGUUGCUAAAUUACUCUAUAUCCAUAUGCUGGGAUAUCCCGCCCAUUUUGGGCAAAUCGAGUGCUUGAAGUUGGUUGCAUCACCACGAUUUGCGGAUAAGCGAUUAGGAUACCUGGGAAUCAUGCUUCUACUUGAUGAAAACCAGGAAGUAUUGACGCUUGUAACGAACUCGUUGAAAAACGAUAUGAAUAGUUCGAACAUGUUCGUUGUGGGAUUGGCGCUUUGUACCCUAGGGAACAUUUCAUCGCCUGCCAUGUCGCGGGAUCUUUCUGGUGAAGUUGAACGGUUGCUGGCGAGCUCGAAUACUUACAUACGAAAAAAGGCGGCAUUGUGCGCGCUUCGAAUUGUUCGAAAAGUGCCGGAUCUACUGGAAAACUUCCAAUCACGAGCGAAGAGCCUGCUUAACGAGCGAAACCAUGGCGUGCUACUCACCGGAAUAACGCUGUUGACGGAAAUGUGCAAAAUGAGCGAAGAGGUGACGACUGAUUUGCGCACUCAUGCUGUUGGAACUCUUGUGCGACAUUUGAAAAAUCUCGUCACGGCUGGCUUCAGUCCAGAACAUGAUGUCAACGGCAUAACCGAUCCUUUCGUGCAAGUUAAGAUCCUCCGGUUGAUGCGCAUUCUUGGGAAGGGAGAUGCGGAGGCAAGUGAAGCCAUGAACGAUGUCCUUGCUCAGGUGGCUACCAAUACCGAGGCAUCAAAAAAUGUGGGAAAUGCGAUCUUAUACGAGGCUGUAUUGACAAUAAUGGAUAUAGAGAGCGAGAGCUCUCUGCGUGUAUUGGCUAUCAAUAUUCUUGGGCGAUUCCUUGCAAAUCGUGACAAUAAUAUUAGAUACGUGGCAUUGACGACCCUCACCAAAACAUCACAAAAUACUAGCACUUCCGACUCCUCCGCUCUGCAACGUCAUCGAUCGACCAUACUGGACUGUUUACGGGAUGCAGACAUAUCCAUCCGACGACGUGCUCUCGAUCUUUCUUUCUUCCUGAUAAACUCUCAAAACAUCCGUAUCCUAACACGAGAGCUUUUGAGCUUCCUUGAGAUCUGUGAAGGCGAUACCAAGAAUUCCGUUGCGACACGGAUAUGUGAUUUCGCUGGUCGGUAUCGUCCUAACAAGCGGUGGGAAGUUGAUACGGUUUGCCGAGUUCUUCGCGUGGCGGGUGCAUUCGUGGAUCAAACAGUUGUGAAUCACUUUGUCAAGCUCGUGACAACGUCUCCAACAGAACUACAACAAUACGCAGUGCGAAAACUUUAUAACACAAUGAAAAAUGAAGGCGAGAAGGCAUUGGCGCAAGAGGGACUUGUGCAGGCUACUGUAUGGUGCAUUGGAGAAUAUGGCGAUGUGCUAGUGUCUGGUACUGCCGGAAUUUUGGGUGGUGACGAUGAGGAAUUGGCUCAGACCGGAGGAAAUGUUGACCCUUCAAGUCAGAAUGACUACCAGGUGGCGCCGAGCGAACAGGAGGUUGUGGAAAUGUUUGAAGGUCUUCUGAGAGGUCCAUUUGCCACGGAUCUGGUGAAGGAAUACUCAGUGACGGCUCUCGUCAAGUUGACAAGCCGCUUCAACCAGAGCAGUGCGAUUGAACAGAUCAAGGCCCUGAUUAGCAAGUACAAGGUCAACGUUCAGCUGGAGCUGCAGCAACGCUCUGUCGAAUACGCACAGCUUCUUCAGCUCGAUCGGGAUGCAAGGGUGGCAUUGUUGGAACGGAUGCCAGUCCUGGAAAAUGCUGCCAAAGAGGAGGCCAAAAAGGGUCUUGGUGUACCCACCAUUGCAGAAACAGCUGCGGUGAGCAACCAGCCAGAUCUUAUGGGAGGCCUUGGUAACGAUCUACUUGGCCUCUCUGUGAGUGGUGGGGCCAACGCUCCUGCCAAAGCAGAUGAUAUCUACAAUCUCGUUUUUGGCGGAGCACAGGACGGAAAGAGUGCGGGAGCAGCAGCUCCAAAGUCCAAUAACAUCUUGGAUCUAUUGGGCGAUAUUGGCUUGGGUACAACGCCAGCCGCACCCGCUAAAACCACCUCGAGUUUGGGACUGGGCUUGGCUCCAGCUCCAGCUAAAUCUGCCCAAUCUGCUAAUGAUCUUCUCGGAGAUCUAUUUGGAGGAUCCGGGAUUGGUGCUUCUGUGGCCCCUAGUGUCCCAAGCGUCACAUCACCUGUCUCCAAAAAUGCUGUUGAUCCAUUGGCGGAUCUCUUUGGAGGUAGCGGGUUGGCGAGCAUCGCGCCUGCACAAUCAGCGGCUCCAAAAUCAUACGUAGCUUAUGACAAGAAUGGAUUCCGUGUUUCAUUGUCGGCAACUCGGGAUUCCAAUGGACAGGGUGCGCCUCUGAACGUCCAGGCGGAGCUGAAUAAUGUUGGAGCAAGUGCUACAUUGACCGAUGUGGGAGUUCAAGUAGCAGUGCCAAGGAGUCUUCAAAUCACCAUGUUUCCUCAGACUUCCACCACAAUACCCAUCGGCAGCUCGGCUACCCAAAACAUGAGAGUAGAAAACCCGACAAAGAUUGCCGUGAAGAUGCGACUGAAGGUUGUAUACAAGAUUGGUGGUCUGCAACAGGUAGAAGAAAUUGUGGAGUUUUCGCAAUUUGAUCCAAGUCUGUGGGCUUAGGGGAUGGCGACAAUUGCGUUGAGGAACGGGGUCCAACUAUCGUCUUUCCAUAUUAUAUCAAAAAUACUAGAAGCCGAUUGCAUCUA